UAUGCACUGCUUUAACGAUAACCAACAGGGCGGAAGAGAGAUAUGUGGAGUUACGUGAACCUUUCACCGCCUGGUGCAAUUUCACACUGGGCCCAGAUGAAGGACGUUUUUUCUUAUCCGUCGAGUGGUUUAAACAGACCAGUGCGGAAAAGCCACCUGACGUCAUAUUCAAAUACGUCCUAGGCAUGAAUUCGGAGAAUAAAACUCUAAGCGAUCUGAUUGGUCGAGAUAUUAAUUUCGUCACAAUGCCGUCACAGCUGAUACCAGUGCCAAAUGACAUUAAGCUAGGAGUGGCAAUUAUGAAGUCAGAACUCAAAGAUGAAGGGAAUUAUACGUGCCAAGUGUCUGUAGACGGAAGUAAAGUAAAGAAGAGUGAAAAACUUAUGCAAGUUACCAUGACAGUCACUCCAGAGUUGCCGAUGAUCUCUAGCAGGCGGACGUCGGACAACCGCACGUUGCUCACUUGUAUUUCUGUGGGGGGUCGACCCCCAGCAAAGCUCAGGUGGUUUGAAAACGAUCAGGAGAUGAGUAGCGUGAAAUCUGAACACAAAGAAACGUGUUCUGCUUCUAGUCAGAGCGAGGGCAUGUGCGGAGGGUAUUUCAUCACGGACACUAUAGCCGUACAGGACAAUUCGUCAGUGACAUAUGCCUGUGAAAGCCGCCAUCCUACGGGGAACUAUCGCAGUGACAGUAUUAGAGCGGACUACAUGCACGGGGGUCGCUCAGGUUCUGGCAAUCACUACGUCAUCAUCGCCAAUAACACACCGAGCCCGCCCAAACCAGGGGCCAGUCCUCUGGCGAUUGUGGUGGCUAUUUUAAUCGUGAUCUCAUUCUUCAUCGUGGUGGGAGUUAUGGUGUACACUGUCCGUAAGCGGCUAAGAAGUCGCAGCUUUAAACUCGAUAGAUGUCGCUGUAACGACAUCGAAGCUUUCGUCAACUGUAGCGCUAGGUCGAUAUCAGACAAAUCUUCCCUUACUGUCACCUAUAUCCCGGCAGAUGGCGCUCACUCUAUCACGCCAGAUCAGGACCACGGCUGCGACCCUGAGCGAGAUAAUGAGAACAAUAACUCCAUAGCUUCAGCAUUAUACGACGACAGAGAGGAAGAACUUCUUUGAAACACUAUAUCUACUCAGCAUUCGGAUGUAACGUCCAGCACAAUGGGUUGCGAAGCAAGCGCAACUAACGCAAUUGUGAUAUCAGCCUCGCGGAUGCGUUUAGCUCCUUUUAUUUGCCUAGCCUAGGGAAGAAGACGUAUUUUAUCGCUGUAAGACUGUUUUUUUAAUAUAAAUAAAAAUGCAGUAGAUGCAAAAGUAUAAAGCAAUACAAUAUACGUUACGGAACAAGAGACCUCUAAACGCAUCGGCUUUAAAACCGGCAUGAGCAAGGCAAGUAAGAGCUUAUUAUAGUUUAUACAAACAUUUGAUAUACAUCGCAUUAAAGAAGAUGCAUAGUCUGGCAGAAUAAAAGGAUGGAUGGCAAAAGUCAGUAUUGUUGCCUCAUUGCCAGCAAUAUCAAGGGAAUCGUUCUAGUAAACCAAUAAAAGGUGGUUACUCUUUGGAAAAUUGAACUGGACAGCUAGUCAGUUUUUAUUUAGUAACGUUUAUGCAAAUAUUGGGAGAACAGUCCUGACAUGAAAGAUAUGGCAAUCGAAACUCAAUGACUGGAAUGAAAAGGAUUUGUGCUCAAACAUCCCUAGAUACAUAUCGACAGUUGUUGUUGUUGUUUUUAUUGUUUAUUAUUAUUAUUUCUGUUUUAUGCAAUAUGUAAACGUUUAUGUGAACGCAUCUUUGGUAUCUAGAAAGGAAGGUCUUUACAACAUCCCUCCCUCCCCCGCUGCGAAAAAUUAAAGCACUUUAAAAAUAGAUACAACAUGGUACUUACAUGUAGUGCAGGACUGAGAAUUUAGUCAUUCGUUUGUCUUAGAGUGUAUAACUUCUCCUCCUUUGGGGAAAUAUGGAAGCCUGUGGGGGUGCCCUAACAUAUGCAUUAAUAAGUGCAUGGGAGGAUCGAACCCUCGGCAUUAUUUAUUAUUACAUACUAAUCUCCCUACUGAACAUAGGGCAAAUGUGGCAGGCCUGGACCAGCCUCGACUGCCGCACACUAUACAUGUAGAUAGAUUUAUCAACCAAUGUCUCAUUGGAGUCACAAUGAGGCAAAGAUAACUUGAAAGUUUUAAAUUUCAAUUUCUAACACUUAAAAGUGUUGUGUAUAAAUACAAUUAAUACAUUCUUGGUGAGGCAUAUUUUACAGUGGUGUGCUGUCGGAUUUUUUCUAUGUUGAAUUUAUGUGUUGUAUGACUGUUUUUCUGUACUUUUGUC